GUUUUGUGCUGCAGAAACGACUGAUGCAACAAAGCAGACUGGCAUUGAAGUCCCCUAAACAGAUGGCAGAUGGUCCUCAAGCCCCUAAAGGACAAGAACCUCCCUUCAAAAUGGUGACAUAUGUUUUGUGAAGAUUGGAGUAUGCUUUGGCAACUUUCUAUGAUUGUUACACCAUUGUGAAAAGAUGGACAGCAAGAAAGAAAUUGUGGACCGCUUACGUCUGGCUUUCCGUUCCGGCAUUACAAUAUCUAAGGACUUUCGUUAUGAUCAGCUUUCUAAGCUAAGGGCCAUGAUCCAUGAUAACGAGGAGGAUAUUUUGAAUAUAUUGCACAAGGAUUUUGCCAAGCCUAAAUUUGAGGCCAGUCUGUCUGAGAUUGAAAUGGUGAUUAAUGAACUAGACUACGCCAUCAUGAACCUUCAAGGAUGGAUGGAGCCAGAGUACGUCAGCACGAAUCUUGCCACAAAGUUUGAUAACUGUUUUGUACGAAGAGAACCAUUAGGAGUGGUGCUUAUCAUUGGGGCAUGGAAUUACCCCCUUCAGCUAGUUUUCUCACCCAUGGUUGCAGCCAUUGCAGCAGGAAAUUGUGUGAUCAUCAAGCCCUCUGAAGUCAGUGCUGCUGCAGCCCGGCUGAUAGCAGAGCUCAUCCCCAAAUACCUGUCACAGGACUGUUAUGCAGUUGUUAGCGGUGGAGCAGAGGAGACCAAGGCACUUCUGCAAAAUCGCUUUGACCACAUUUUCUACACAGGUUCUCAAAUUGUGGCUCGCAGCAUCUUACAGGCAGCCUCAGUUCACUUGACCCCAGUAACAUUAGAGCUGGGUGGCAAGUGUCCAUGCUUGAUUUAUGGAUCAGUGACUAUUGAAUAUGCUGCACGCCGCUUAGUAUGGGCCAAGUUCUUCAAUGCAGGACAGAGCUGUGUUGCGCCAGACUAUGUAUUGUGCUCCAAGGCCACAUACGAUGCUCUUCUUCCUGCCAUGUCUGAGAUCCUGAAAGAUUUCUAUGGCGAGGAUCCUCAGAAAUCUCCAGAUUUGUGCCGUAUUGUGUCACAGCAACACUGGACUCGUCUGACAGAACUCCUGAAGAAGUCCAACGGGACGGUUGUCAUCGGAGGUGAAAGUGACCAACAGGACAAAUACAUUGCUCCGACAGUGGUUAAUGUAGCUGAAGAUGACGCACUCAUGAAAGAGGAGAUCUUUGGCCCAAUUCUUGCUAUUCUAAUUGUCGAGUCUAUGGAAAAAGCCAUUGACAUUGUCAAUCAGAUGGAGAAGCCAUUGGCCCUCUACGUUUUCUCUAACGAAGACUUUGUCAUAAACACAGUGAUGGAGAAAACAACCAGUGGAGGAUUCUGCUCGAAUGACGGGAUUGUGCACAUGACACUACCGGGACUACCAUUUGGAGGUGUAGGGGCCAGCGGCUGGGGCUCUUACCAUGGUCGCUGGGGUUUUGAGACCUUUAGCCACAGACGAGGUUGCAUGAUGCGUGGUUGGGCUUUGGAAAAACUAAAUGGCCUACGCUACCCACCCUACAAUGAUAAUAAACUGAGCUGGCUGCGCUGGACUGCCUCAGUUAAGAGAACUUGCUUACUCAUGUGACAGCAGACGGUGGAUGUUUGUGUAAAAAAAUUUCUAUGGCAAUAUGGUGAGAUCAACAGCAAUUUUUUUUGGGGUCCAUCUAGCAACAUUAAAUUACUUUGUGUUAUUCAGUUUUCAAAUGGUGAAAAUAAUCUCUUGGACCUGUUGUUGAUUAUAUGCUUUUCUUAUGCACAGAUACUCCAUAUUUCCCUAAUCAACACUUUUUCAAUGUGUUUUUCAUUCUGUUUGUGUUUUAAGAUUUUCAAGGUCCCUAUUAUUUUUGUAAGAAUUAUUCUUAGUAUUUCUUUGUAAAGGAUCACAUUUUAGACAUCCUAAACAAAACUGCAAACUUUGCACACUCAUCCAUCCUAGUGAAAAAAUGUAAUUUUAAAGUUGUCCUAAAGGAUUAAAACAAAAUGGCUCUGCACAUAGUGUGAACAAUCAAAAACAAAUCUCAGUAUGUUUGAUUUAGACCUACGAAAACAGAAGAGUUAUACAUUUUAGAAUGCCAAAUUUUGCACAUUUACAUUUGCACCCUUGUCCCGGAGAAUUAAUCUGAUUGACUUCAAACUUGGGUUGUACUAUCUUAAAGCCUGGUACAACUGGACAAAAUGUUUUCAAAAUAUAUGAUGAAGGCAGGGUAUAAAAUUUUGUAUUGCACAUGCUUCAGAAAAUCUGAAACUUCAUAUAGUACGUUAAUGAUUUUUAAUAAAUGGCUAACUGGCAUCUCAUGCCGUAUGAUCACCUUGGAAGACCAGGAAGGAGUGGCUGGGGACAGGAAAGUUCAGGCUUCCCUAAUUAUUAAGUUGCUAUACCCACCACCCCAAACAGAUAAGCAGAAGAUGGAUGGAAAAAUACAAAAUAAGACAAAAAUGUAUUUAGCUUGGCUCCGAGGAAUACUUAAUGAUAACAUUUGUGAGCAAAAAAAAGUUCUCUGACAAUGGUCUAAAUGAUUUAGUAUGUAUGAACGUAACCUUUGGGCCAGGGCGUGACAACUAGCCAUUUGAACUUUGUUAUGCACAAGUGGCUUUUAUUUAGCAAAAACACCAAUACAAAAACUUUAUCUCAAUAUCAAAAUUGAUAAACCUACAGACAGAUAAAAAAAAAAAAAGACCUACAGACAUUAGAU